AUGGAAGACUCGUAUCAUUUCAGUGAGUUCAGUUUCAAUGCUAUUGAAGACAAUUCGAGUUCAUCCAACGAUAUAUUCUGGGCUACUGAGGGACUAAAUGAAGUGAAAAUGGUUAAAUUUUCAGGAGCAGAACAUUGGGGAGAAUCAAGGGGAAUUGACUCACUUUGUUCUAAUUUUGGGUUCUUCCCAGAUGGUCCAUCAGAAGAAGGGUACCUUCUAUCCACUAAUGAACAAAAUUAUCAUCUUCAACCAUCAUAUCAUGAUUAUUCUCAAUUUGAUAACCUACACUUUGACAUGGUAUCUUCACCACUCCAAUUUCAUAAACAAUAUCAACCCAUGGCUUCACUUUGUCACCCAAAAAAGGAAAAGCCACACUCAACUACUUCUUUAGCUUCACUAGAGAUUUUGAAGAACUAUGGAAAGGGCUUCAGGAGGUUAUGUAAUGAAGGGAAGAAAACCCUUCAGCCAGUUGAUGGUUUGGUUGCAGUCACAAAUGAGAAAAAGCUCUCAACUGAAGACGUUAUGAAGGUAGCUGGAACAAGGUUCAUUCAAUCUUCAUCUUCAGAGUCACAAGAAGGUUUUAAAUUCUUGGACACUCACCCUUUUGGUUUUUCUUUCUCUGGUCUCUCUGAUGAAGAGAAAGAGGAUGUGGCACUUGCUGAGUCCCUCUUGGCUUCUGCUGAGAAAGUUGGGUAUCAACAAUUUGAGCGUGCUAGCAAAUUGCUGAGUCAUUGUGAAUCAUUGGCUUCCAAGACUGGGAACCCUGUUAAGCGUGUGGUUCAUUAUUUUGCUGAAGCACUUCGCCAGAGAAUAGAUAGAGAAACAGGAAGAGUUUCAUCGAAAGAUUUACAAAAACUUGAGUUAUUUGAUCCUGAAAAGGCAGCUAAGGAACUAAACCCAACUAUUGUUGCAUUUUAUGAAGAUCUUCCUUUUUGUCAAAUUGCAGUGUUCACUUCAAUCCAAGCUAUAAUAGACAAUGUAGCUGAUGCAAAAAAGAUUCAUGUUAUUGAUCUUGAAAUCAGAAAGGGUGGCCAAUGGACAAUCCUAAUGAAAGCCCUUGAGUCAAGACAUGAAUGUCCAAUUGAGCUUCUAAAGAUAACAGCUGUUGAAAGUGGAACCACUUCAAAACAUAUAGUUGAGGACACUGGUAAGAGAUUGAAGGAUUUUGCACAAUGCUUGAACAUACCCUUCUAUUUCAAUGUAGUUAUGGUACCAGACAUGUUGCAUCUUAAAGAAGAGCAGUUUGACAUAGAUCCUGAGGAAACAAUUGCAGUUUACUCUCAGUGUGCACUUAGAAUCAAUAUUCAACAUUCAAAGCAGCUUGAAACCCUCAUGAGGGUGAUUAGAACCAUAAAUCCUAAUGUGAUGGUGGUAAUUGAAAUUGAAGCAAACCACAAUUCUACAUCUUUUGUGAACCGUUUCAUUGAGGCCCUUUUCUUCUUUAGUGCAUUUUUUGAUUGUCUUGAGACUUGUAUGAAAGGGGAUGAGAAAAACCGAAUGAUUAUGGAGUCAAUGUACUUCAAUCAUGGAAUCAGGAAUAUUGUGGCCGAAGAAGGAGAAGAAAGAAAGACCAGAAAUGUGAAGGUUGAUGUGUGGAGGGCCUUUUUCUCACGCUAUGGAAUGGUGGAGACAGAGUUGAGCUCUUUAUCUUUAUACCAAGCAGAUUUGGUUGCUAAAAGAUUUCCCUGUGCAAGGUUUUGCACACUCAAUAUGAAUGGGCGUUGCCUUCUUAUUGGAUGGAAAGGAACACCAAUUAGCUCUGUCUCUGUUUGGAAAUUCCUUUGA